AUGUCAGGUAAGUACGUUUGGCCUGACGGGCGCACCUACCAUGGUGGCUGGAAGGAAGGUCAGAGAGCAGGACAGGCUGUCUAUACCAAUGCCCAGGGCCAAAGUCGCAAGGGCAUUUGGAAAAACGACAAGGUGGAAAGGUGGUUAGAUGAUCCACCCAGACCGUGA